AUGAUAGAAAACCCAUGCAAGCUAUUGUGCCUGCCUGAAGAAAUACUCAUUGAGAUCAUUUGUUGCUGUGAUGUGGAGGAUGUUGUCAGACUCAGCAUGACAUGCAAAUACUUACGGGAGAUCUGCUUCCUUCGUCCCAUCUGGCUGUCCCUCAUUCAAGACCUAGACAUCACUCAGGCUCCUGAUAUCAGUACACACCAACUGCCCGACAACUUUGCGACUGAAGAGCUAUACAAGAAAGCAAUCACCGCCGUUCGGAACGCACGCGCGUGGCGGACUCCUGGUGGCUUGAGGUUCGGCCAGGAGGUCUCUAUACACAUUGAUCCGGUGACACAAGGUGUGAUUGAAGGUGACUUACCUGGAGAAGGGAACGAGCGUGUAGAUCCUCGUCUCCUUCCUGGAGGGAAAUAUGCGCUCAUUGAGAACCAUGGACGACUGGAACUGUGGUCUUUGUUCCCGCGUGCUCGUGUAUGGAUUGCGAACCCUUCGAGAGAAGCGGAUUGUAUUGCUUUUGAUUUUGAGAUCGUGGAUGGAGGAGAAUCAAUGAAUAUUGCGGUGUUGUUCCUCAACGUCGCAACCGGAUGCUUCGUCCAGGUCUACAAGUUCGAGUUCCAGACACAGCAAGAUGAGUUACUGAGAGAGUACAAUCUACCCAUGGUGUUCUUCUUCCGGUUAAUGAUUCGCGGUGACCUGGUCAUGAUCCAUAUGCCACACAGUGUUCAGCUUACCCUCCUAAACUGGAUGACGGGGAACGUGCUUCUCUUGAACUUCACCAAUUCCGAGGGCCGACGUACAAACGCCAGAGCCGCACUCAUCGCAGACCAACAUCUCAUUGUCGUAAUGCAUCUCGGUGCACUCACAUUAACAGCAAUCCCCCUUGACUCUCUCGCACAGCAUUGGUCUAACGGGCAUGCAGAGGGAGAUGGAACGGACAUCACGUUCACACACGCGACUAUAACAAACCCAGAUCCUGUUCCUCAGCCUGAGACUGACAUCGACACGCCAACGCGACCCAACCAUGCGCUGAGGCUUCGCCUCGCUGAGCCAACGGCUGAUGACGAGGAAGAGCCGUACAUUCUUGCUCUGCAUGCUUUCACGCCUGUCUGGCAGCGGGAUGCACUUAAUGAGAGCGAUGCGCUUGUGGAGAUUUACGUUGUUGCGUAUGAUAACCUGCAGAACAAGAAGAAGAAAAGUCUCCUUUCGUAUCGCGUUCAGCUCACGCGCAUGGACAAAGAUAUCUCAGGUAGCACGAUAGAACAGGAUCCAGGUGUGCGGGAAGUGUCGAACGGACAAUGGCGUUUGAGACUCGUCCAGCAAACUCGUGCACCUGCUUCGAAGCUCCCAUGGAACUCGCAAAGUAUCUCGAACGCUGGGACGAUGUUCUCUAUGACGGACAAGUUCAAUUGUUAUACGUUGUUCUCUCCUUCACCUCAGCCUUCGAACGUCCUUCCGAUUACUCCGACCAUUAUUCCGGAGAACGUUGAUGCGGAUCCGGCUGUUGUGAAUGUGGAACCGACGAGUGGUGCACUUGCUGUUGGUACGCCUGGUUUACUUAGAGUGCUCCGAAUCAAGGAGUAG